UCUCGCUUCUUCUUCUUCAUAUAUCUCAUCAUCACUUGAGGCUGCUUCUUCUUCUCUUGUUGGAAUUUAUUCUAUGGAUCUCUCUUCCUCCCUCUAACUCCUCAACACAAACUUUGUGUUGGUUUUGAAGAUUCUUUUCUACAGGGAACUUUUAGUGGAGAUUGGUUUUUGCUGGAAGUUGGUUGGGUUUGCUGAGAAACAUUGGUUAAUUAUUGGAACAUGGCACUUGAGGAUUUUAUUGACCUCAAUGCAUCUGGUGCCUCUGUUAGCGGAACUGAGAACAAUGAAGCACCAAAUUCAGAUUGUGUUAUAAGUGAGCCAGAUCCUCAGCCUAGCAAAUCUCGAGGUACGAAGGACGCCAUCAAUGGGGAAAUUCAAGGUAGAGAUGAUAUUGCUAAUAAUGAGGAUCAAGUUACAGAGGACUCUGUGAAUGAUAAAAAUCAAGGUAGAGAGACUGUCAUCGAUGAAGAGAGUCAAGGCAGAGCGAGCCUUGUCAACGAGGAGGAAUUGGAAAAAGGGCAAUGUGUCGGAGGAAAUAUGGAAGGUCAACAGACCCAACACACACAGGAUAUGGAGGUUGACAAGGAUUUGUUUGAGCAACCACUCGUUAUGCAGGAAAGUAUUAUAGUGGCUGAAACUAUCAAAACGGUGGAGAAGGUUGACACGUUCAACUCGUUUAUGAAUAGCGAGAAUGGUUUUGCAGUAGUCCGGAACAAUAUUGACAUCAGCUACAGUAAAAUAGAUGACAGACCUAUAUCAGGUGUCAAAAGGAAGCGAGUUGAAUAUGCUGAUCAGGAACCAUCUGUGCGUGUCAUAUAUAACUCCUUAACAAGUGCAAGCAAAAGGAAGCUUGAAGAACUUUUGCAGCAGUGGUCUAAGUGGAAUGCUCAACAUGAUUCUUCGACAAAUAUGCCUCACGAAAACUUGGUAUCUGGUGAGGAGACUUACUUUCCGGCACUACAAGUUGGCACAGAAAGAUCUUCUGCGGUGUCUUUCUGGAUGGACGAUGAUACAAGAAAAGAGCAAACCGAGGAGAUCAUUCGUGUGGAUGGCGAUUCUGCACCUCUUUAUGAUCGAGGGUUUUUAUUGGGUUUGACUUCAAUGGAUGGACCAUCUAAUGUGGAGGGGGGUUUGGAAGCAGUAGAGGCUUCUCGAUGUUUCAAUUGUAGUUCAUAUAACCAUGCACUGAAAGAUUGCCCCAAGCCUCGUGAUCACACUGCUGUAAAUAAUGCUCGGAAGGAACACAAUUCCAAAAAGCAUCAAACUUCUGGUCCCCAUAAGAAUACUCGGUACUAUGAGAGUUCUUCUGGUGGAAAGUAUGAUGGUUUAAGGCCUGGAUUCCUUGGUACAGAGACAAGACAACUUCUGGGCAUUGGGGAGUUGGAUCCACCUCCAUGGUUGCACAGAAUGCGUGAAAUAGGAUAUCCUCCAGGAUAUAUGGAUGUGGAUGAUGAGGAUCAAGCUUCUGGUAUCAAAAUAUACUUGGAUGAGAAGACCAGGAUUGACCAGGAGGACGGAGAACUCUCUGAAACAGAUGAACCCGAGCAACCAGAGCAGAAGAAGAAGAUGAGUGUUGAGUUUCCAGGAAUUAAUGCUCCAAUUCCCGAGAAUGCUGAUGAGAGACGAUGGGCAGCUUUGCCAGCAGUUUCCAGUUUUGACCCAUAUAGGAAUGCUAUUAACAGGUUUAACCCAUCUCCAAGCCAUUCAUCAGAGGCCAAUUACAGAGGCCACUUCAGUGAUCAGAGACGGCCCAGAGACUACCGAGAUGAUGGUCACUACAGUGAUCAGAGACGAUCCAGGGACCACCGAGAUGAUGGUCACUACAGUGAUCAGAGGCGAUCCAGGGACUACAGAGAUGAUGCACCACCGGGGUGUAACCCAGAAGCUGGUAUAUCCCCUUUCGUUCCAUCUUAUAGAAGUCCGAAUUUAGGUAGAUCUCUAUCUGAUAGAGGAAGGUGGAACCCUUCUGGGAAUGGAGAUUCAUCCAAUCAGAGUCCCUAUGAAUCUUUGCAGCACUCGGGUUCAGAUUCACGCAGAAGUGGCUCUGGUCACAAGCAAUUGAAACGGCGCUUUACCGAGGGACCUUAAAAUUCUUAUUAUAAAUUUUGUACACUAAUGUAUUGUAACUUUUAUUAUUAGUUUCUUUCAUGGUUAUUUAGUUAGUUUACCUAACCGGUAAUGUUUACUUUUUAGAGAACUCUAAAAAUCCACCAAACAUGAUAACACAAGCUUUUUAUUUCCAACAAUUGUAGAACUUAUCAGGUGUUUUUUGUCCA